AUGCAAAAGAGGGCACGAGUUGACCUUGUCAGUGGGAGCGUCCUUUCAGAAGAUGUGUCUCUGAAGCUUCCAACAAAUGUGAUCCCGGGAUCUGCCAAAUGCUCUGUUUCAGUCCUUGGGGACAUAAUGGGUCGUGCACUAAAUAAUCUUGAUGGCUUGCUACAGAUGCCAUCUGGCUGUGGAGAACAAAAUAUGAUAACUCUUGCUCCCAAUAUCUACAUCCUGCAGUACCUGGAAGGCACUGCGCAGCUCACCCCAACCAUCCGACAGACUGCCACUGGUUACCUUCAGAGCGGAUACCAAGGACAGCUAAACUACAGGCACAGUGAUGGUUCAUACAGCACAUUUGGCUACGAUGCUUCCAAUACAUGCCAGGUUGACAUCUUUAAAUGUGCUGUAACUGAUCUGAAGUCUGAGGCUGGCCUUAAUCAUCAUGAUGUUUCGUUUUAG